AUGAAACCAUAUUAUGUAUUUCAGUACACUGAAGACCAGGGGAAGAACCUGGGCCUGAGUGUCUGGGUGAAAAAUACUAGACAGGGAACAGUGAUUGGCCAAGUACAGGGACCCCAGGACAAGGUGAUCACAUUUAACGCCUGGCUGAGCACAGUUGGCAGUCCCAGUUCACGGAUUGACCGUGCCGUUUUUUCUAACCAGAGGGAUAUUCCCAAACUGGAGCUUCAUGGCUUUGGUACUUGCCACUGAAUACUGGAGAACAUGCGCACUUUUCAAAUUUUUGAAUUGUUCCCGAAAAUAUUAAUGAUGGGCUAUAAAUCAAUUUACUAAUUUACAAAUUGUUUGUGGGAGAAAGACAAAUAAAAUUUAACAUUGAAAUUGGGUAGAGGGUUAUUUUUGUUUUUCUAAACAACUUGUGUCAGUAUAGUUGCAUGACAUGCUUUUAAGCACUUCUAAGCAUUGCUGGUAUAAGCAUAUAGAAUAUCUUCUUAUCAGCAGGUUUAGCACCUACUGUAUAGACCACUCCAUGCCACAUCUACCUCCUACAAGAUACCUUUUCAUCCCGGCAUACACCACUGCAGAAACUCAUAGUCAUGACAGACAGGCCAGAAUCCUCUUAAAUGACAGCUACCAGAUUAGAUCAGAGGCUUAAGGGUUUACAUACAGCUGUGCCCCCCCAAUAAAACCUAGAACAACAGUAGGAGGCCUGCAUUGGAAUGUGGCUUUAUGUGUGUGAGCGUUCAUGUGUCACCAAAAUAUGCAAUGGUAUGUAGAGCAACAGGUAGCUAACCGGACACUUUAACGUAUCUAUCUUGCUCAAAUGACUGAUCCUUUAAUAAUCAACUAUUUGGACCGUAGACCCUACUGUUCACGUUGCCCCAUCUAGAUUUGACAAAUAAAGUAAACCUGUUACUGUUUAUUGUUAUUGUUAUAAUUUCCGUUACUAGUUGGUGACAACGGGGGACGGGGCAUUCUCACCCUUAUUCUAUAAAUAUAACUUAUUUUAGAGUUCUUUCCCCUGGAACAUAUUUCAUGUUCCAACCGAGGGGGGCUGGCGCUGUUUUAGUGUCUAGGGCUGCAUCAAAUACCCUUUUUUUGCUCUGCUAAAUUGCUGCACUAGUCCACACUUGACCGGUGGGGAUUUCAUUCUAAUAUGACUGUAACUGUUAGCUGCUCCUGGCAUUCUCUAAUCCCUGCUCUCUUUUCUCUGUCCCCCCUCCACACAUCCCCUGUGGUGUGGGGGGUUUGAGCUGUCAGCACCUG